UGUCAUUCAUCUAAAUCGCUGUUUGAUUGGUGGGUUUUGUGCUGACGCAGGGAGGUGAUACUGUACCAUCAGAGAAGGUCGCGGAAAUUUCAACGCUUGUGUUGUUGUUUUUUUCAGAAAGAUAUAAUUUGGCCCCCAGCCUUUGGCAAUGACAACUCUGGAUGACAAGAUCCUGGGGGAGAAGCUGCAGUACUACUACAGCAGCAGUGAGGAUGAGGAGAGCGAUCACGAGGAAGACGAAGGACAGUCUAAAACCAUCAGGGAGCAGCAAGUGCUGCAGACCGAGAUAGAUUACAGUCCUGACGGCUCUGCUGUUAACACCGGUCCAAAGGGUGUGAUCAAUGACUGGAGGAAGUACAAGCAGCUGGAGACAGAGCAGCGAGCUGAGCAACAGAAGGAGAUGGAGAGGCUGAUAAAGAAUCUCAGCAUGACUUGCAGAUCGCAUCUGGAUGAAGAGCUGGACAAGCAGAAGCAGAAGGAACUGCAGGACAAGAUCAACGGCAAGGUCACGCUGCGAGUUGAUGAGGAGGAAGAUGACGACGACGACGACGAUGAUGAAGCCUUCCUCCAGCAGUACCGCCUGCAGCGCAUGGAGGAAAUGAGGCGGCAGCUGAGUGGCAACCGGCGUUUUGAGCGAGUCAUCUCCAUUUCCUCAGGCGAGGAGUUCCUGCGCGCCAUUGAUGAGGAGGGCACUGGAACGCUAGUGCUGGUGCACAUUUUCGAGCCUGACGUGCCCGCCUGCCAGGCCAUGGAGGGAAGCCUGAUUUGUCUCGCUCUGCAAUAUCCUGAGGUGAAGUUCUGCGCAGCGCAGGGCUCGGUCCUGGGCACCAGUGCUCUGUUUCGCAGCUCGGCGCUGCCCGCACUGCUGCUGUACCGCAGGGGUGAUCUGGUGGGUAACCUGCUACGCGUCUCCGACCAGCUGGGUGACGACUUCUACGCCACUGAUGUUGAGGCACUGCUGCAGGAGUAUGGCCUGCUCCCUGAGAAACUCCCACACACUGCCACACCUUCAUCCAUUCGCACCAGCAACACCAAUGACUCCGACAGUGACCUGGAUAUAGACUAACGACAAAACCACUAUACAUCUCUGCUUUCAUUCAAUAGCUCAUUGCUGACUGAAAUUACCAAAACCAGUUACAUCUGAGUACACACACGUGCACUUAAGCCUCCAGCAACUUUCACAUAUCCUGGAUGUAAACUAUACACAUUUAGUGUACACAAAUACACACAGGCAACUGCAUAACAGUUCAUUAUCGUUUGAAGUGACCAAAUCACAGAUGGACCCACACACACAAUGUUUGCUAAUAUGUGACUGUAAUUAGUGGACCUGGUUUACAUAUACAGAAUUUUCUACUAAACUCAACUCACUGGACCAAACACAAAAAGAAACUGCUGCAGGGUGUUCAGGUGUGUGUAGUGUGAUGCAGACCGAUAGACACAUACACCAGGGUUUUGUCAGUGUGGGUACAAUUUGCAUGUCCGCAAGAUUUCCUUUUGGGUACAGGUUAGUCUUAGCAUUGUGUAGCUCUUGUAACACACAAGUCCCCAAAAGAUAAUACGAGACUGUUUCAGCAUGUCAUCAUUAUCAGAAUUUAUGAAAAAUGUUUUUAUGUUUCUUUUAAUAAGAAAGCCUCUAUUUUGCACUGUGCAAUCCUGGAGGUAGAACAAGUCAGACAUCUAUCUGUGUGUAACUAUUUAUUCUAGUUUUAGCUGAAUGUGAUAUAUAUAUUUUCUGUUUUCUAUGUGCGUUAUUUUAGCUUUAAAUCGCAAUUUUGUCUGAGACACUUUAGUUAGUUUUCUAAAUUUUAUAAGUGUGCAUUCUAUCAGUGAUGAAAAGAUUAAAAAAUGGCUGAGUUUCUGCUGA